UUCCCCUCCGACCCUUCACAGCCAUAGGUCAUUAGGCUGAGCUGCCUGAAACUGCCCAAUGCUGUUUUUCACAAGAUUGACUUCAGAAGAGACAGGUCUGUGGAUGUGCUUCACUUUCAGCUUUGGCUGGGCUACAGCAGCAAAGCUCAGUGCUGUGCCUGCUGCUGGUCUCAUCUGAGAACGAACUUGUUGAAGGAUUCCUCUACCUCCGCAGAGCAAUAAUAAUGACACAGCUGCAGUUUAAAGAUGCAUUUUGGUGCAAGGAGUUCACCUUCCACACUGGGUACGAGGUGCUCAUACAGCGGCUGUUAGAUGGGAGGAAGAUGUGCAAAGAUGUGGAGGAUUUGCUCAAGCAGAGAGCACAAGCAGAAGAGAGAUAUGGGAAAGAGCUGAUUCAGAUUGCCCGAAAAGCAGGAGGACAAACAGAAAUCAACACACUGAAGGCAGCAUUUGAGAGGCUCAAGCAACAAAUUGAAAGUGUUGGGAACUCUCACAUCCAGCUGGCAGUAAUGCUGAAGGAUGAACUGAAAGGAAUAGAAGAGUUCCGAGAAAGACAGAAGGAGCAAAGAAAAAAGUACGAGUCCGCAAUGGAGCGCAUACAAAAGAGAAAAUUGUCCCAUUAUAAGAAAACAGUGGAGUCAAAGAAGACCUAUGAACAGAAGUGCAAGGAGGCGGAUGAGGCUGAGCAGUCCUUUGAACGGACAAGUGCUUCAGGCAACCAAAAGCAAACAGAAAAGAGUCAGAACAAAGCGAAGCAAUGCAGAGACGCGGCAAAUGAAGCAGAGAAUGUGUACAAACAGAACAUUGAGCAGCUGGAUAAGGUCAGGACAGAGUGGGAACAGGAACAUAUCAAAACCUGCGAGGUCUUCCAGCUCCAGGAGUGCGACCGCAUCACCAUCCUCCGCAACUCGCUGUGGGUUCACAGCAACCAGCUCUCCAUGCAGUGUGUGAAGGAUGACGAGCUGUACGAAGAGGUUCGCGUAAGCUUGGAGAACUGCAUUGUAGAGUCAGACAUAGACUACUUCAUUAAGACUAAAAUGACAGGAACACAACCUCCAGACGCAAUAGGAUAUGAGAGCUACUACAGCAGAGAACCAAACAGAAGCAAUAGCAGCCCAACCCAGUCUUGCGGGAUGAUGAAGAGAUUCUCUGGACUACUGCAUGGAACCAGCAAAAACAACACGGAAAGUGCCACUCCUUCAGCCCCUCCUCUUGCAGAGAAAGCAGACGGAGUCUAUGCAUCCAUUUUUGUAAAUGAACAAGCCGGAAUCACAUCAUCACAGGACUACAGAGUACUUUAUGACUACACAGCCCAGAACAUGGAUGAACUGGACAUCAGUGAAGGAGACAUUGUAGUUGUCAUUGAAGAAAAUGAGGAUGGCUGGUGGACAGCAGAAAGGAAUGGGCAGCGAGGCUUUGUUCCAGGAUCUUAUCUCGAAAAGCUUUGAUGAAAAGAAGCCCCAGUCCCCAGACUUCAAAAAUAUUCUAUUACUGAAAAUGAACAGCACACAAGGACUGCUUCAGCUGACCAAAGGCAACCCACAAUGCUGUCUUCUACAAUUACCAGUCAGAAAAUAACCAACUGACCAUGCUUUCCUCUUUCUUCCUCCUGCCCUAUCCCAGCACCUCCUGGCCUGCACUGUCUGCAAAAAGCAUCUUCACCUCAGAGAGAUUAGUACUAGCAUUUCUUCCUACAGUUCUUCCUACCCUCAGCACACUGCCAUCAGCGUUGCAAAGCUUGGCUAACAUGGGAGGAAAAUCCUACCCGGAAUUUAACUGCUCUAAAGAAGAAAGAUCAAGGAAUGAAGUGCUGUUUCUCCAGGAUGGAGGAUCGCCUCCAGCCAGCCUGUGAGCCACCUUCACAGUCACAGCAGUCAUGUUCUCUGCCAUGGAUCUCCUCCUACUGCACAGGCUAUGUGAGCUUUUUUGACAGUGGGUGGAAAGCACACUCAGAAAGCAGAUAGCUUUGAUGUCACAGGGUCUUAGCUGUACAAAGCAAAUAAGAAACUCUCUUAAAUUUAUUUUAACAGCCUCUUUUCAAGUUCCCCUUACAGCAUGUGGGUAACCCCGGAGAAAGGUGGGGAAACCUCCACUGUUCUUUAUCAGCAUUGCUAAUGAAAAUAUGAAAAACCAUGAAUGCAGCUAGAGAGGAGCACCUGAAGGACUGAGACACAUAAGGCACUCCCCAUCAUGGCCAUCUCUUAAUACAGUGAAA